AUGGGGCCUGAGGACAAGGCUAAGUGCUGGUGCCGCGGCCUGGAGCUGAGCCACCAGGCAGCUGGUGGCAGCCCCAUGCAGGGGCACCAUAGACCCCACUGUCUGUGUGGCUGCAUCCUGGGCCAGGACACUGGCAGAGCCCUGUCCUGGGGAGGCCGGGACCACGUGGACGGGCAGAUCUUGGGCCAGCUGCACCCCCUGGCAGAGGAAGAGGAGGAGGGAGCAGGGGCCGUGGCCGCCCCAUCCACAAGGCCUGCCUUCCCCAGGAUGGGCUCUGAGGAGCUACGGCUGGCCUCCUUCUGUCACUGGCCGCUGACCGCCGUAGUACGACCCGAGCUGCUAGCUGCCGCUGGCUUCUUCCACACCGGCUGGCAGGACAAGGUGAGGUGCUUCUUCUGCCAUGGGGGUCUGCAGAGCUGGGAGCGAGGGGAUGACCCCUGGACUGAGCACGCCAAGUGGUUCCCCAGAUGUGAAUUCCUGCUCCAGACAAAAGGGAGGGACUUCGUCUGCAGGGUGCAGGAGUCUUGUUGCCACCAGCUCAGCUCCUGGGAUCAAUUGGAAGAACCAGAAGACGCUGCCCCCUCAGUGCCCAGCACUCCUGUCCACCGGGGUCCUGACCCACCCAUGCCCAGAAGAGAGGCCCAGUCAGGUGCUAGGGAGCCAGGAGCCCAGAAUGUGGAGGAGCAGCUGCAGCGCCUGCGGGAGGAGCGGACCUGCAAGGUGUGCCUGGACCGAGCCGUGUCAGUCGUCUUCGUGCCCUGCGGCCACCUGGUCUGUGCUGAGUGUGCGCCCAACCUGCAGCUCUGCCCCAUCUGCAGGGCCCCCAUCGACAGCUGCGUGCGCACCUUCCUGUCCUAG